AUGUUUGCCUGUCUCUUUACUCAUCCUCUGGAUUUGGCAAAAGUCCGACUCCAGACGGCAAAGGUUCCUGGAGAUAGCUUGGUGUCUCUGGCAUUUAAGAUUAUAAGAAGAGAGGGCAUUCUUGCAGCAUAUGCGGGGUUAACUGCGUCGCUGCUAAGACAGGCGACAUAUUCAACGGCACGGUUUGGGGUUUAUGAGAAGCUGAAAAAAUUAAUGACAAGCCACUCUAGAGGUCAGCCAUCUACCUUUCAAUUACUGGCGGCAUCUAUGAUCGCUGGCGCUGUCGGUGGUGUCGUCGGAAACCCUGCGGACGUUGUUAAUAUUCGAAUGCAAAAUGAUAAUAGUCUCCCUGAAUCUCAAAGAAGACAUUACAAGCAUGCAUUGGACGGCCUACAAAAAAUAAUUAGAGAAGAAAACGUCACUGCGCUCUUUAGGGGGCUUGGUCCGAAUUUGGCUCGAGGCAUUCUUAUGACUGCUUCGCAAGUUGUUUCAUACGAUGUGGCCAAGAAAGUGCUCGUUGAAAAAUUGAGCAUGGACCCGAAAACUAAAGCAACUCACUUUUCUGCAUCAUUAAUUGCUGGAUUAGUAGCAACGACUGUCUGCUCACCAGCAGAUGUUCUAAAAACGAGAAUUAUGAACAGUUCAGGUACCGGUCAGAGCUCUUUCGAUAUUUUCAAGGACGCUGUAUCUAGAGAAGGUUUGAGAUUCAUGUUUAGAGGAUGGACUCCUGCAUUUAUUAGAUUAGGACCACAUACGAUCUUAACGUUCAUUGCUCUGGAAGAGUUGAGAAGGUUGAAGAUCGGUCUUUAA